GCAAGGUGGUGGGGCGACGCCAGCAGGUUUGAAUACUUCCGGUUUCGCUAGUACCACCCUCCCUCUCCCUCCAGCAGGCAGCGGCGGUGGCGCGACCCCAAGCAGUGGAGUAAUGGUUCUCACUGCUCAGCAAGUAGGAAAAGUUGCCGAGCACGCUGCUGCGCAUAGGCAACAGAUUCAGCAGAGACUCGCUAAUGUGUCUGCGCAAUUGUUGCAGCAGCAACUUGCGCAGCAGCAGUUGGCGCAGCAGCACCAAUUGUUGAGCGCGAUGCCAGGUCCAAUUGUGCCUGCUCCGGCAGCAGCCAAUGCCGCAAUGCUCCUGCAGGUUGCGGCUCAGAACGCUGUGCUGCAGAACAACAUCAACAUCUUGACAGCGACGCAGCAGCAACUGGCGGCGCAGCACCAGAUUGCGGCGAACGCGCAGAUCGCAGCCUCAAACGCACACGCAGCGGCCAGCAAAAAUGGCCAAUUUCAGAUACUGACGUCUCAACCAGGGUCCUCAGCGAGCUCUUCAAGAGCGGAGCAAACUCCUAGUGGCGCAGCUACUACGACGAAUACGAAUGCAAUUACCACAGCUGGCGCUGGCGGAGCAUUUGGCGGUGCUGGCGGAGCAGGAGAACCUUCUGCUGCUACCUCCUCUACUACUCUCCCGACGAAAGCAGACGUCGCACCAGCAGCGUCAAGUAGUUCUGCUACAGGGAAUAAUAAGACUUCGAGUUCUUCCACUGGCGGUGCCCGACAACAAGACAACAUGACCUCUACCCUUGGUGGUUUCCGGCGAGAGGACAAGGGCAAUCCGUGGAGCAACAAGGCUGAGUUCGCGCCAUUGAUGAAACUGCUUAGAAGGUACAGCGCGAACAAAUUCCUAGACGAUCCACCGCGUGGGCAAAAGAUUCAGCCACAUGAAAACGCCGCUGCGGAAGUUGCGAAGCGUGUCCUCAAACUCGCGCAGACCCAGACACAGGGAAAUGCCAAGGCAGCUAAUGCGGUGGUACAAGAAGUCAUGAGCAGCAGUAGUUCUGCUCCAGGAGCAGCACACCAACUUGAUCCAGCAGUAGUUUCGGAGAAAUUCGAGCAGCAUUUGCUGUUGAGCAAUACGGUGUUUUCUGAAGUGGGCGACUUCCUACUACAUGACGCUGUGAUGGACGCGGUCAAUAUCAGGAGAAAUCCAGGUGGCCUAGAUGGUGAACAACUUCUAGUCUUGAAGAAGAAGGCAAAAGACAAAGAAAAGAAGACGAAACGGGCACCGAAUAUUUGGGAAUUGCUGGAUGGGAGUACGCCGACUGAUGAGUGA